AUGUCAGGUCUUUUCGGAUCCGCGGCGUCGUCGGCGGCUACAAACACAGUGGGCGAUCUGAAGCAGGACGUGCAGCUCAACAACCCCCCAGAGGACAGCAUCUCAGACCUUGCCUUCAACCCAAAUCCCACAGACCCGAAAGAUUUCCUCGCGGUUGCGAGCUGGGACAAGAAGGUCCGAAUCUACGAGAUCCACAGUAACGGCCAGGGAGAAGGCAAGCAUCUCUACGAACACGAUGGACCGGUGUUCUCGGUCGACUAUUUCAAGGAUGGGCAGAAGCUAGUUUCGGGCGGUGCGGACAAACAGGCGAAGGUUUGCGACAUGGCCACAGGCCAGACCACCCAGGUGGCACAGCACGAGUCUCCUGUUCGCUGCGUGCGCUACUUCGAGGCGAACGGCACCCCAAUGGUCGUGACGGGUUCCUGGGACAAGACGGUGAAAUACUGGGAUCUCCGGCAAAGUUCACCCGCGGCAACAUUGACGUGCCAGGAGAGAGUUUACACAAUGGACGUCCGGAACAACCUCUUGGUGAUCGGCACGGCGGACCGGUAUAUCAAUGUCGUCAACCUAGCCGAACCCGGCAAAUUCUACAAGACCAUCCAGAGCCCCCUCAAGUGGCAGACCCGGGUGGUAAGCUGCUUCACUGACGCAGCAGGCUUCGCCAUUGGCAGCAUCGAAGGACGGUGCGCGAUCCAAUAUGUGGAGGACAAGGAUUCAAGCUCCAACUUCUCCUUCAAAUGCCACCGGGACCCUCCUACCGCCAAUGUCACCAACGUCUACGCGGUCAACGACAUCUCCUUCCACCCACAGCACGGCACCUUCAGCACGGCUGGUAGCGAUGGCACUUUCCACUUCUGGGACAAGGAUGCCAAGCACAGGCUCAAGGGGUAUCCGAACGUGGGAGGAAGCAUCACGGCUACGACCUUCAACAAGACGGGAUCCAUCUUCGCCUACGCAAUCAGUAACGACUGGAGCAAGGGUUACCAGGGUAAUAACCCACAGUAUCCGACCAAGGUCAUGUUGCACCCGGUGCAGGCAGACGAAUGCAAGCCUAGGCCGACAGUUAAGAAGAGGUAA